AUGAGCUACUAUGAUAUAGAUGAUAUACUGGCAGACAGUCAGCCUGGGUCUCCAAUAAAAGAGAAUGUCAGACUUGAACUGCCCAUAUGGCUGGCUGAGAUCCUAGCCAUAUGCUCUAUAUCCAACUCCUCUGAUUACGAGGAAAACGACGAAGAUAGAGAAACUACAUUUUUGAAACUCUUGGAACCCGAGUUCUUUUCCCCCGUCUUCCUCAACUUCAUAAAGUCUGAUGCUUUGAGGCUCAACCUAAAUCCAUACAUGUUCUACUAUCGCAUUGUUACCAAAUGGUCGAACAUGUUCGGAGACGCGGAAUUGGUGGAGCUUAUAAGCAAAGCACUGGUCGACAGAGCAUGUGAACUAAACGAUUUGAGCUUCAAAUUGAAUGACCACUUCAGAGGCAGUAAUCUAGAGUUUAUGAAUAAUCUCGAUAGCUAUGAGAAACAAUUGUUUAAAAACAGUCAUAAAUCAUACAAAAAGUUGAAGAUAUGGUGGCUAAAGAAGCCAAACUGA